GAGGCUGGUACAACAUAAAGGCUUCAAACUAGCCGGCUUUCCCCACACACGCACGCAAAAGGGAAUUAAUAUACAGACCUGGACUAACACAAUGGAAUGCAACUAUCUAAAUUAUCACGGAUUGCCACUUCCAAGAAUUGCACACUCUGAAGAUAGUUUGAAAUAUUUCGAGAAUUUUCAGGUCAACGAUGACGAUGUUUUCGCCAUCACUUAUCCAAAAUCAGGCACCACAUGGAUGCAGGAGAUCCUGCCUUUGAUCCUCAAUGGAGGAGACUUCACUCCAGUGCAGACCAUCCCAAACUGGGACAGAGUUCCCUGGCUGGAGGAGACGCGUGCUGCUCUAGUCAUGGAUACAAUUGCUCCUCCAAGAGUGAUGGUGUCACACAUGCCUUACAACCUCAUGCCUCCCUCUUUCUACUCGUCCAAAGCCAAGGUUAUAUAUGUGGCUCGCAACCCCAAAGACGUGAUGGUAUCAUCAUUCUAUUUCCAUCAAAUGGCCAGUUUCCUUGAUGAUCCUGGCACAUUUGAAGAGUUUAUCGAUAAAUUUCUGGAAGGGAAAGUGCUAUUUGGGAAGUGGACAAAUCAUGUUAGGAGCUGGAGAAACACAGAUCUGGGUGAUAGAAUUCUGUACGUUACCUAUGAGGAGAUGGUUGAGGACCUAAAAGGAGUCGUUAGACGCUUUGCUGAUUUCCUUGGUCAAAAGAUGAGUGAGGAGACCCUGGAGCAGGUGGUCAGUCAUUGCACUUUCAACACUAUGAAGACCAAUGCUAUGUCCAACUACUCACUGGUACCACAAGAGGUUUUGGACAAGACAAAGUCAGCUUUCCUUCGCAAAGGUAUAUCAGGGGACUGGAAAAACCAUUUCAAUCCUGAGCAUGAAAAGAAAUUCACAGCUGUCAUUAAAGAGGAGAUGAAGGGAAGUAACACUCAGUUUCCCUGGGAUGACGACCAGCUUGAAGCUGUAUGACAAGGCUCCAGUAGAUAUUGCUCUCUCUUUCCAAACUGCAUGGAUGGGAUCCAGUACAUAUGAGAGUUAUGAUAUGCCUUAAUGUUACAUUAGAGGGAACUGAAACUCUUGCUCACUGUCUAUUUCGCAUGCGAUAUUGAUUCAUUAUGAAAAAUGUUUCGGUCUGUAGACCUCCGCCAGGUUAUGUGGUGUUUCAGUCUAUGGACCGAAAUGUUAUUCAUAGUAAAUUAAUAUUGCAAGUGAAAUGAACAGUAUGCAGGAUUUUUUUCCCAGUUCUGUUAGUCCACCUUUGGUCUCCUCCAACACACCUGUCCACUCAAGAGGCGUACAUUUUAUUUUCUUGAACAUGGAAGGGAACUGAAAAUAUAAACAUAGAAUUAAAGUAAGAACACAGCAUACCUCAAAUACAAAUGCCCUAUAUUCAAUAAUCAGGUCUUUAUGUAUAACUUCAUAUCAUUUGAAAUGCAUGACCUUUAAACCCAUUUCAUUGAAAGACCUCCCAAUUUGCAAAAUGGGUAGGCCUACUCAAACAGCCAAGGGAGAGGCAAAGUAUCUCCUAACCUUUGUGACAUCAAGUGUCCUUAAGGCCUCAUGAAAGCCAAAAUGGAUAAUGGUGCUUUAGCCAAGCUGGUCGUCCGUUCUUAUUACAAAACUAGACAGUUUCAGCACAUCCUCUUUGUUCAACACAUGCCAUCCAGAUUGUGACAGGUUCUGUUGCAACUAAAUCUUCGCAACUCUUCAUUCAUUUGGCGUUGGCAGUGAAUGCAGCAGCAAAUCAUCUUUAUCAGGAUAUUAUUACAGUAUAUUAUUAACCUUUUCUCAUUAUCUUGAAUUAUGAUUGCAUCAUGGCUUCUCUUUAUAUCUUUGCAGAAGUCAAAUGUGAUUUCUAUAGAGAAUAAAAAUAAUAAUAUCCAAAACUAAUUCUUAAAAAAUGAUGCCUUUAAAAACAGUCUGUGAAGUAGCAUACUGAAACUAUGUUCUGUUUGUAUUUUGUUAUGUUUGUAUUUUGGAGUAUUUCCAUUUUAUGGUGGUAUGUCACAAUACAUUUUAUUUCCUUCAUUGUUUUUGAUAUUCCCCGCUGUUUAUCCUGUCAUUUUACAAGUAUCAUUUUAAUAGUAUUUAAUUAUAUCCACAAACAUUCAUCCAUAGCUUUUAGUUUACUCUAUACAUCAAUUAUUCUAGUGAAGAAAAGUGUUUAUACAAAUAAAAAGUCACUAUAGUAUUUAGCAUAUCACUGCUCACUGUUCAUUACUGUACAAAUGCCUAUACUGACAUCCCAUAAUCAGUAUACAUGAAAACUUCCAUACACUAUUAUGCUACUUACUGUCAUAACAUUUUCACUGUUCCUCUUAAUCCCAUUCAUCCUCCUAGAAGGAACUGACCACACACUUCCUGUCGGCCAUUCACUCAAUAUGUCUGGAGAUGCAAAGUUGAAAUAAAGUCCUUUUAGACA